UUCAAUAAAAUUUUUCCUUCUUGUUCAUAUCGAUGAUUAAUCAUUGAUGUGGCUUUUACAUAUAAAUAUAUUUUACUUUGGUGGCAAUUGCCGAACGAAAAGUCUAAUAUUUGUUGUUCAUGUGUCCUUGGAGAUGAGACAUUGAACUCCACACUCUUCCCUUCCUUUUAUUUUCCGUUUUGCGGGUAAACAAACAGGAAACUCUCUCCAGGCAUCAGAAAUAUGGAAGGCGACCAAGCUGUUGGGGUGAGGAAGAGGGGGUGCUCGUGCACAAAAGACGAUUUUCUCCCCGAGGAGUCGUUCAAGAGCUGGGGCAAUUACGUCAAAGCGCUCAAAGAGACGUCCUCCCGGUUUGUGGACCGGGUUACCACCCGGUCCAUGGACAGUACGGAGUUGGUGGACAUGAAGGCACGGAGUCAGCAUGAGAUGAAGAAGACGCUAAACUGGUGGGACCUUAUUUGGUUCGGCAUGGGUGCGGUCGUCGGUGCCGGCAUCUUCGUCCUCACCGGUCUCGAGGCAAAACAAGAUGCCGGCCCAGCCGUCGUCUUAUCUUACGUCGUGUCCGGCAUCUCCGCCAUGCUUUCUGUUUUCUGUUACACUGAGUUUGCCGUUGAGAUCCCAGUGGCAGGUGGUUCAUUCGCCUACCUAAGGGUAGAGCUUGGGGACUUCAUGGCCUUCAUCGCCGCCGGCAACAUCCUCCUUGAAUACGUGAUAGGCGGCGCCGCCGUGGCCCGUGCCUGGACCUCCUACUUCGCCACCCUCUGCAACCGUGACGCCAACGAUUUCCGCAUCCAUGCGCAUGGCCUUUCCCCGGAUUACAGCCACCUCGACCUGAUCGCCGUUGCCGUCCUCAUCGUCAUUUGUCUCAUCGCCAUCCUCUCCACAAAGGGCUCCUCCCGCCUAAACUACAUCGCCUCCAUCGUCCACUUUAUCGUCAUCCUCUUCAUCAUCAUUGCAGGACUAACAAAAGCCGACACCAAAAACUACACCCCAUUUGUCCCCUACGGCGCUCGCGGCAUCUUCAAGGCCUCCGCUGUUCUCUUCUUCGCCUACGUCGGCUUCGACGCUGUCUCGACCAUGGCUGAGGAGACCAAGAAUCCCGGCCGUGACAUCCCAAUUGGUCUAGUGGGAUCAAUGUUGGUCACAACGUUUUUAUAUUGUUUGCUAGCUAUAACACUCUGCCUCAUGCAAAACUACAAAAAUAUCGACAAAGAUGCACCUUUUUCCGUGGCGUUUGAGGCUGUUGGAAUGGGUUGGGCCAAGUACGUUGUGGCUGCUGGGGCUUUAAAGGGCAUGACGAGUGUUUUGCUUGUUGGGGCGGUGGGCCAGGCCCGCUACUUGACCCACAUUGCCCGGACCCACAUGAUGCCACCGUGGUUGGCACAAGUCAAUGAGAAAACCGGGACUCCGGUCAAUGCCACAGUUGUUAUGACGGUUGCCACUUCAGUCAUUGCCUUUUUCUCUGACCUUGACAUUCUCUCCAAGCUUCUUUCUAUCUCUACACUCUUUAUUUUCAUGCUCGUCGCACUAGCUUUGCUCGUGCGACGUUAUUACGUUAGCGAGGUCACGUCAGAAGUGAACAAAAUCAAGUUCCUUUCAUGUCUUGCGAUCAUUCUUGGGUCAUCAAUUUGUAUCUCGGUGUACUGGGCCAGUACCGAUGAUUGGAUUGGGUAUGCGGUUUUUGUGCCCAUUUGGUUUUUGGGCACUUUUGUGCUUUGGUAUUUUGUCCCACAAGCUAAGACUCCUAAAAUAUGGGGUGUCCCAUUGGUGCCAUGGUUGCCAUCAGCUUCAAUUGCCAUCAACAUGUUCCUUCUUGGGUCUAUAGACAGGGCUUCUUUUGAGAGGUUUGCAGUAUGGACUGUGGUUAUAUUGGUUUACUAUUUCCUGUUUGGAUUGCAUGCUUCAUAUGAUACUGCCAAGGAAUCUGAGAAGAAGGGGGCAGGGGAUGGGACCCAUUUGAAAAGGAUUGAAGAGGGGAAUGUAUCUUCUGUGAAGGAUUCUGCUGAUGGUAAUGCCAACAAUGUCUCGGCCGUUCCCACGAAAGAUUCUGUGUGAUCAGGGAUGUAUAUCCGAAGCUUCACACACUCUAAUAGAAUAAAUGCAUGUCCUAUUUUUUAGGAGUUAAAUUGCGUGGACAUUGGUUUUUAUGUUGUGGCUUGUGAAAAAGCUUAUGUAAUAUAUGUAUCUGUUGAGAAACAUAUUAUCGUUAAGAAAGAGUCUAAUAGUUUUUCAAAUUGUUGUUGUUGUUGUAAAAUAUUGUCGUUUCCUCAUUUGAUGGUUUUUAUGCUAAUAUUUUGUAUGAUAGACAUAUUGUCCCUCAAUUAAACUUACAA